AUGCCCCCCAAGAAGGCCGUCGUUCAAGAAAAGGUCCUACUGGGCCGUCCAGGAAACAACCUGAAGAGUGGUAUCGUUGGUCUCGCCAACGUCGGCAAGUCCACGCUCUUCCAGGCCAUUACCAAGUCGUCUCUUGGUAACCCCGCCAACUUCCCCUAUGCUACCAUUGACCCCGAAGAGGCUCGUGUCAUUGUCCCCGAUGACCGCUUCGACUGGCUGUGCGAGCACUACAAGCCCAAGUCUCAGGUUCCCGCCAACUUGACCGUCUAUGAUAUCGCCGGUCUGACCCGUGGUGCCUCCACCGGUGCCGGUCUCGGUAACGCUUUCUUGUCGCACAUCCGUGCCGUCGAUGCUAUCUUCCAGGUCGUUCGUUGCUUCGAUGAUGCCGAGAUUAUCCACGUCGAGGGUGACGUCGACCCCAUCCGUGAUCUGACCAUCAUCAGCGAGGAGCUGCGUAUCAAGGAUAUCGAGUUCGUCGAGAAGGCUCUCGAGAACCUUCAGAAGCAGACCAAGCGUGGUGGUCAGACUCUCGAGAUGAAGAAGCUGCGUGAGGAGGAGGCUACCGUUGCCAAGGUGCUGGAGUGGCUCAAGGACGGCAAGGACGUCCGCAAGAACGAGUGGGGUCCCAAGGAGGUUGAAACCAUCAACCCCCUGAUGUUGCUCACUGCCAAGCCGGUUGUCUACCUGGUCAACCUGAGUGAGAAGGACUACAUCCGCCAGAAGAACAAGUACCUGCCCAAGGUGUUCGAGUGGAUCAAGACCAACUCUCCGGGUGACUCCCUGAUCCCCAUCUCCGUCUCGUUCGAGGAGCGUCUGACCCGCUUCGAGAGCGAUGAGGCUGCUCUGGAGGAGUGCAAGAGCCUGAACACCAAGUCGGCCCUGCCCAAGGUGAUUACCACCAUGCGUCAGGUGCUGAACCUGGCCAGUUUCUUCACCACCGGUACGGACGAGGUGCGCCAGUGGACCAUCCGUAAGGGCAUCAAGGCCCCGGCUGCUGCUGGUGUUAUCCACACCGACUUUGAGAAGACCUUUAUCCAGGCCGUUGUGUACAACUACGCGACUCUGCGUGAGUACGGCGACGAAGGUGCCGUCAAGGCCGCUGGUAAGGUGAUGACCAAGGGUAAGGAUUACGUUGUGGAGGAUGGUGAUAUUCUGUUGAUCAAGGCGGGUGCUGCCCGUGGUUAA